AUGGUUGAUUUAAACAAUAUUAUUAGUUAUAGUCAACAAUUUUUAAUUCUUCAUUUACCAACUUGGUAUGGCGCAUUAAUUGUUUCAGGUUUAAUUUAUUUAACAGUAGUUCAAAUUAAAAGAGAAAUUUUCAUUUGGAAACAUGGUUGCGAAGAAACUGUGUUUUUUAAACAAGGUGGUGUAACUGGUUUAUACUUGGCUUAUCAAUUACAAUAUCAAAAGAGAAUUGGUCAUAUGGUAGAUUAUGCAACUGAAUUAUUUUAUGAAUUAGGUGGUAAAUCAACGUUCUAUGCAAGACUAUUUGGUGUUAGAGUUGUUGCUAGUUGUGAUCCUGAAAAUAUAAAAGCUGUUUUAGCUACUCAAUUUAAUGAUUUUUCAUUAGGUACAAGACAUGCACAUUUUGCUCCUCUAUUAGGUGAUGGUAUUUUUACUUUAGAUGGUGAAGGUUGGAAACAUUCUCGUCAAAUGUUGAGACCACAAUUUGCAAGAGAACAAGUCAGUCAUGUUCAAACUAUUGAACCACAUUUACAAGUUUUUGCAAAACAUAUUAAGAAAUUUCAAGGUCAAAAAUUUGAUAUUCAAGAAUUAUUCUUUAGAUUGACUGUUGAUACAGCUACUGAAUUUUUGUUUGGUGAAUCUGUUCAUUCAUUAUAUGACGAAUCAAUUGGGUUGGAAUGUCCUCCUGAUGUUAAAGAUUUUGCUGCUGCUUUUAAUGAAACUCAAAAAGAUUUAGCUGUUAGAACUUAUUUACAGGUUGCUUAUUUCUUGUAUAAUCCAUCUUCAUUUAAACAAAAUACUAAAAUUGUUCAUGGUUUUGCUAAAAAAUUUGUUAACAAAGCUUUACAAUUGACACCACAAGAAUUGGAAGAAAAAUCAAAAACAAGUUAUACUUUCUUAUAUGAAUUAGCUAAACAUUCAAAAGAUCCAAAGAUUUUACAAGAUCAAUUAUUAAAUAUUAUGGUUGCUGGUAGAGAUACAACUGCUGGUUUGUUAUCGUUUACUUUCUUUGAAUUAUCUAGAAAUCCAGAUGUUUGGGAAAAAUUGAAACAAGAAAUUUAUACAAAUUUUGGAUCUGGUGAAAAUGCAGAUAUUCCAGCAAUUACAUUUGAAAGUAUGAAGAAAUGUGAAUAUUUGAAAUGGGUUUUAAAUGAAGUUUUAAGAUUAUAUCCAUCAGUUCCAAUAAAUUUUAGAGUUGCAACUAAAGAUACUUGUAUUCCAAGAGGUGGUGGUAAAGAUUUAAAUAGUCCAGUCUUCAUUGCAAAGGGAACUACAUUUGCUUAUUCAGUUUAUGUAAUGCAUAGAAUGACUCAAUAUUAUGGUAAAGAUGCUCUGAUUUUUAGACCUGAAAGAUGGGGAAAUAUGCCAAAAUUAGGUUGGGCUUAUUUACCAUUUAAUGGUGGUCCAAGAAUUUGUUUAGGUCAACAAUUUGCUUUAACUGAAGCAAGUUAUGUUAUAGUAAGAUUAGCUCAAAUGUUUCCAACUUUAAUUAGUAGAGACAAUAAACCUGAUCCAUGUAAUAAAUUAGUUCAUUUAACUAUGUCACAUAUGGAUGGUGUUUGGGUAGAAAUGGAUGAAAGACAGAGCGGAGAAAAACUUACAAUUUAA